AUGUAUGAACGCGUUCAAAAGCAUCCGCCUAGCUGGGGACUUGACAGAAUCGAUCAAAGGGCCGACCGGUUGGAUGGCCUUUAUCAUUAUCCAGCGAAGGCCGGACAGAAUGUUACUAUCUAUGUAAUUGACACCGGCGUCAAUAUCGGUCACGAGGACUUUGGGGGACGAGCACAGCACGGACCAGCAUUUAUACCGGGUACCGAUGAUGUGUCAGACAGGAAUGGACAUGGUACCUUUGUGGCCGCUCUAGCCGCUGGAUCGACAUACGGAGUAGCCAAGGAAGCACAGAUUAUUUCCUUAAAGGCCCUGGACGAUGCUGGCGCUGGAAGGCUUUCAAACGUUCUUGGAGCGAUUGAGUGGGUUGUAAAGAGACAUGUGUCGCUUGGGAAUAGAGCGCGCUCCAUUAUAAAUCUGUCACUAGGUGCUGAACACAACGAGCCAACAAACGCUGCGAUUCAAGAAGCCAUGAGACUAGGCAUCCACUUUUCGAUCGCUGCAGGCAACGAUGGCAAGGAUGCCUGCCAAUUCUCCCCCGCGUCCACCCCUGGGGCUAUGACAGUCGGUGCGACAAACGAGGACGAUACAGUAGCCGACUAUUCAAACUGGGGUCCAUGUGUUGCCAUUUACGCCCCAGGAUCUAAUAUCGUCUCUGCUUGGACAGGUUCCAAUUCAGCAGCACGGAUCCAAAGCGGCACUUCGAUGGCAUCACCUCAUGUUGCAGGACUUAUGGCCUUACUCCUCUCAGAAUCUCUAGAGGAGACCAUAUCGGUCAAGACGCUGUCUGACAUGAUCUUAAAGACCGUUACAAAGUUCCGUCUCAACGAGCAGCUAACGACGGAUACGAUUGCAACUUCGGCAGGAAUGUCGCUCCUACCUUAUCCAGCGUCGCCAUCUGACGGAUAUCUGGGUUUCGAGGGACAUUCUCAGAUUUUGGAGUUCCAUAGAAAGGUCCUCGCGAGGAACCUUGUUUAUGUGGGUGGAGCAAUGCCCAAUGGAGAAAAUAAUGCCGAUACUGAGGAUCCCCCCACUACACACAGCUCGCUCGCCUCCACGAAAUUUUUGCCCCGACGAGGAUUGAAAAGUUUUUUGCUCGUAAUCGUUUGCGCGCUUGUGUUAGCAGCAUCAUGA